CGCAGGACAGGCGGAUGGAGUUUGCCUCAGAGAUCACUGAACAAAGUACAUGUUAGAUUCAACAACAGCCGCCAUUUCCAUUGAACUAUGUAAAUUCACAAUAGAAAAUAUUUAGCAAUUGAACAUUACAUGGAACACUGUCUGCCUGUGGUGUAAGUGGAGUAUGUACCGGUGUCUGCAAUGAUGUUGGAUUACACUUGAAUGAGAAGCUGACUGGUAAAACUUCAACAGAAUCUGGAAACUUUCUUGUGAAGAAACGUGGGAGUAAAGCAGACGGAGCACAGCAGGUCUGGGAACGGUCCGAUGGAUGUACUCGGUGAAAAUGAGGCCCUGCAGCAGUUUUUUGAUGGGCAGGAUGUCAGUGGCGUAUUGGACAGUGCAGCAGUUGACACCAGCAUUCUAGAGCAAUAUCUGAGCAAUGAUAUUGACCCCACUUUUAUGUUACCUGAAUCACCUCCAGAUUCAGGUUCAGAACCUUGUUCUCCUCCACAAAUUCCAGAUGUCCACUUUGGUUCUGACUUAUCCACUGAGCAGCUGGGUCCUGGCCUGCAUGCCCCAGCAGGACAGACUCCUGCUCCUUUCUGUCAUCUUAAAGCUCCUCCAUCGUCUCAGUAUGAUUUGGGAAACUCCAUGACACAUAUAAAGACCAAAUCACCUGCUACAGCUCAGACUGUGUGUGAUUCAUCCUUACACUAUCAAUACAGCAGCCCAGCUGAGAGCUGCAUUCAGACCACCGUGCCACCAGUACAGCAUGCUCCUAUAGAUACAAUCAGAGGCUACACAGAAGCGGCCACUUCCAGCACAUCUCCAUGCCUCUUACCUCACGGCGUAUGUGUGGACCCUUACAUGGGAUCCAAACAAGGCCUGAACACAGGGCAAAUGUUACCCGAAAAGAAUAAGAGAAAGCGCUCAAACUCUUUCGAUGUAAACACAGAUGCCAGCCAGUGGAGAGACCCAGUUUGGACCAAGCCUUCAUUUUGUCCGGAGAGGGCCACGUGUGAAAUGCCAGGCUAUGACGGUGACGUCCAUGCAGCAAGUCCAGCAGUGACAUACCAGCUACUGAAAUGGGACCACUAUCAGCCAAACCAGUGGAGCAGCCUCUACAACAGCAGCUACCAAACUCUCCCGCCACCUGGUUAUCAUGUGGACACAGAUAAAGGUUUCAGCUACUCGACAGCUGAUGAAGCUUUUGUGUGCCAGAAGAAAAACCACUUCCAAGUUACAGUACACGUUGGGAUGGCUGGAGACCCCAAAUAUGUGAAGACACCAGCAGGUCCUAUGCCUGUAGAUGGCUUCCAAGUGAAAGUCUUUGGAAUCAAGCUCGAGGCUCAGAACCACCACAUCACCAUCGAGCAGUCACAGUCAGACCGCAGCAAAAAGCCUUUCCUGCCAGUCCAAGUAAACUUGCCUGGAAAUAAAAUCACCAAGAUUACACUUGGAAGAUUACACUUUGGUGAGACCACUGCUAAUAACAUGAGGAAGAAGGGCAAACCUAAUCCUGACCAGAGGUACUUCCUAAUGGUUGUGGGACUUUAUGCUACAGUCAAAGAGAAGAGUUACCUGCUGGUUGCAAAUGUAUCUGAGAGAAUCAUUGUCAGGGCCUCGAACCCAGGGCAGUUUGAGAACGACAGCGAGGUGCUUUGGCAAAAAGGACAGACUCCAGACUCAGUGGUAUGCCAGGGACUUGUGGGGAUCAACACAGAUGCCCCAGAUGAGGCCCUGGUGGUUUGUGGAAAUGCCAAGAUAAUGGGCACAGUCAUGCACCCCUCUGACAGCAGAGCGAAGGAGAAUGUCAAAGAGGUGGAUUCCACAGAACAGCUGAGAAGAAUAGCCCAGAUGAGGAUUGUGGAAUAUGACUACAAACCUGAGUUUGCAUCAAAGAUGGGCAUCGAUCACGUGCAUGAAACAGGCAUUAUAGCACAGGAGGUGAGGGAGCUGCUUCCCACAGCGGUGAGAGAAGUAGGAGAUGUCACAUGCUCAGAUGGACAGAAAAUCCACAACUUCCUCAUGGUGGACAAAGAACAGAUCUUUAUGGAGAACGUGGGGGCUGUCAAAGAGCUCUGCAAGCUUACUGAUAACCUGGAGACACGCAUUGAGGAGCUCGAGGUGUGGAACGCUCGCCUGGCCAAGCUGAAGAACCUGGGGAGCGUGCGCUCCAAAAGCACACCUGCAAAUAAACGAGGAGUCACUAAAAGCAACAAAAGCCAAACAUCAGUUCCCCCUGAAAAGCCCUCGCCACUAAAAACUAGCACAGAGUAUGUACGUGAGAAAUACCGGAACUGCCUCCAGCACAGAAUAUUCCAAGUGAUUAUCAUUCUGCUUGUGUUAAUUAUGGCUUUUUGUGCCAUCUGUAUCACCACACUCUACAUGCUCACAUUAAAAGAAGACAUUGAUUUUGGUUACAGUAACACCAGUGUGGAUCCAGUCUAUACUACCACAGAAACAGUGACUACAGUCUCACCUACUUCUUCCCCCGGCCCUUGGCCGCCAGAUGUUGAUUUCUCUAGUGUGUUUUACUCUGAUGAAGUUUAUUGCUGUCUACAUUCUACAUCCAAGGACCACAUUUCUGCCACAACGAGCUCAACUGUUGAACCAGGUUUUCAUAAAACACCUUCUUAUCCCGAACAGAGUCCGACAGCUAAUAUACUAUGGGAAUGGUUACGACACUACAGUGACUGGAAAAACACAACCAUUAGUUCGAUCCUUAUCACUCAAAACCAGCAGGUUAUAGACCACAAUUACAUAGACCAGGAGAUAUCUCGGAUAGGGAACUACACCUAUCGGAUACCCGUUAGUAAACACAUUCCAAUCAACAUGCCAGUCACCCUGCAGAUGAACACUACUGAGCUGUUAGUGGCUCACCUGUGUGCAUUCGAUCUGAGGGAGGAGUGCGCUGCUGUAAUAGACUAUAAUGAAUCUGAAUUACACAGAGUCCCCAACACACAGGGGUAUGUACAUGAGUGGCCCCUGUUAGUCGCUCGACAUUUCCGAUCAUCUUACCACUUCCGUUUCUCAGUAGCGGGUCAGGCUCACUGUUCGACAGACCCCAACUAUGUAGGAAUUCUGUUUACUGACUACCACUUCCAUUUCUACCGCCGCUGUCAGUGAGGCUGGAUUAACACUAUUCACACCCUUAAUAAACGCUAAUCACAGAUCCUCCUGAUUCCAAAGCAGGAAGAAAUGAUCCUGACUACGAAGGCAAAAAAGAGCUUCUCACUCCAUACAGUACAUGAGUGUGUGUGUGUGUGUGUGUGUGUGUGUGUAUGUUGAAAGACAGAUGUGUGUUGAUUCUUUGUAACAUAUAUAUAUAAUCUGACAAUAGAUAGUAGAAAUAAGAGUUUACAUUACAAUAAGGGCUAAUACGCUAUCAAAUAAAUGGGCGGAGAAAAGAAAUGCAACACUUGUGAUCUGGCUGAAAUUCAAACCUUGAUUAUGAAAGGAAAAAGAAUGAAAAAAAAAACACAGUACAAUAACAAGAAAACAAUAACAGAUGUGAAUAUGAACAAUAGUUCUGUAGUCCUUCAGUAGCUUGUAGAUUACCUAUAGUAUGAAGAUUUAAUAUGUGUCUGAACAUGCAUGUGUGGGAAGUUCUUUCGUUUCUGUAGAAGGGCUUGAUGACGUUUCUAGGCAGACAGAGGGUCAAAGGUCAUGAUGACAAAUUCAUUUGUCCUAGCAGUCUGCAAAUCCUUAUUGCUGAGAGCCUGGCAAUGUUGGCACAUGACAUACCUGUCUGCUAAAUGCCACUGGUCCUUUCCUUUGUCUCUCAUGCCAUUCAAUCAAUAAUGGACAGCACAGGAAACUGUGGACUUUAGCCCAGAUGUUCUGGGAUAUGAAUUACCCCAUAUGCUCUGUAAAUUCCUUAAAAGUUUAAGUUCCAUGUCCAGGUCAUAUCUUCUAAUUUUAUGUUAACAUUUGUAUUUGUAAAAAAAGUGGUUGCCCUAUCAUCAGGAGAUCGUGAGUUUGAAUCCUGAUGAUGCCACAGCCAUCCAUUAAUGAGGGCCAAGAAAGCAAAAUUGGCUGUGCUCUGUCUAUCACCAGCGACAUUGGCCAGUCUCAGGUAUCAUUUAUGUGGAAGAGGGCGGAUAGUGCUUUAUUCUGAGUGUGUCACGCUAUACUGUCACGCAGCAUGAGCAGCAGUUUUGGUUUGUGGCUUUACACAUUACCGUAGAGGUUGUAUGAUAAUGGUGAGCUGGCUGGUGGGUGGGAAGUGACCAAAUUGGGGAGAAAAUUGGGGAAAAAUCCUAAAUAAAACAAAACAAAACAAAAACCAAAAAAUAUCUUACACUGAUGGAAAAAGAUGCACAAAACCCUAACAUGUACACCAGAAACCUUUUAAUAUUUUGUGUGUGUGUGUGUGUCUGUGUGUUUAUUAAUAUGAUAAAUGAUGUUUGUGUUAAUUAAUAAAAAAAAAAAAUAGGGACUUCUGGGUUAAACAUGGCAGGAAUAGCUGUAAGCGGGUGUGACUCCCGACUUCUUUUAAUUAUUUGAUCGUUCAUUAUUGAUGUACGCUCACUUCAAUUGAUUAUCUGGCAUCCUGUAUAUCGUGGAAACAUAGUUAAACAGCAUAAUGGCGACUAGAAACCAACUUUUCUCUGGAGAUGGCGAGGCCUCCGGUAAGACAGAUGAUAUGGCGCUUCUCCUUGAGGUUUCACCCACUUUACCUGAAGACCUCGAAAGGCUCUGAUCAGUGUUUCUCUCCGACAUGAUAAAAGUAGUUCAUUCUCUUUUUAAAACAGAACUAGUAGGCCUUAAUCACGCCUUAUCACACGUGAAUGUGACAUUGGAACAGCAUAAAUCAUAUUAUGAAGCUCAUGACGGACGCCUUCACGAGGUUGAAGACGGCCUAAACAACCAGUGACAGGCUGGUGAGUGUUGAGGAUUCCAUGGCCAUGCUACAGAAAGAAAACAUGUCUCUGAGGGAGAAGCUGGACAAUCUCCAGAACCGCUCAUGGAGGUCUAAUAUGAGAGUGGUGGGCACACCUGAAAAGCUGGAGGGAUCAGACCCAGUUAAAUUUAUGACUGACUUGUGUGAGGAAGUAUUGGCGAAGGACUUCUUCACAAGACCCCUUGUUCUUUCACAUGCCCAGUGAGUUGGACUUAAACCAACUAACAACGCAAAGGCCAAACAGACCAGACCAAGAGUAUUUUUGGUUCCAAGAUAAGCAUCACAGUUUGAGAGUUGUGCUUCCACGAACACAGGGUGUUUUUUUCAUGAGGAUUUCAGUGUGGAGCUGGGCAAAAGGCGAGCGGCCUUCAAAGACAUGAAAUCUCUGCUCUGCGGGAAGGGCGUUAGAUUCGCACUCUUCUACCCAGCAAGACUUCGUAUUACUCAUGAAGGGAAAAUGCACUGCUUCUAUACACCACCAGAAGCCAAUGAUUUUUACCUCUCUCAUUGGGGUGAAGAUUAAGGUGCAAUAAUGUUCUCUUUUACCUUCUUGGGUAAGAUAUAAAUUUGUCAGUUAUUUAAUUCAUAUGUACAAAAUUCAAGGCUGAGUUUGACCUAUUUUGUGUAUAUUCUCACUCUUUGUUCUGUGUUUAUCAUCAGCCAGAUAAUGUACUCAAAUGGUGAUCCAGUUUGUUUUCAAACCUCUUAUAGAAGGGAGCUACACCUAGACUGUUUGACUUUAGUUAUAUGUAUACUUUGGAAGUUUUUUGUUAUGCGAUACAAAUCUUUUUUCUGUUCAAUCAAUCAGCGUGUAUCCUCUUUAUUUGGGAAAAUAAGAUUCAGAGGGUUAAUAAACAUAUUCUUUAGAGGAGCUGUGAAGUAGGUGGGUUAGGCCUUCCGAGCUUUAUUCACUGUUACUGGGCAUUCAACAUUUGAAAGAUACUGUUUUGGCUUCACUGCCCAGAAACAAAUUAGUGAUCAAAUUGAAUCACAAGCAUGUUACUCUUCAUCUCUCCCUGCUCUAGUAUACUCUUCCUUACCCUUGAAAACCUCCUGAUUUACAUCCAAUCCUGUAGUGCUUUCUACUCUUAGGAUUUUCAAUCAGUUUUAUUUUCACUAUAAGUUUACAGCAGCAUCAAUCCUGGGCCCUAUUUACAAAAAUCAUUUAUUCCCCGUCUACAUUGGAUGCAACAUUUAGACAGUAGGUAGAAAGCAGUCUGAUGAUUUAUAUACUGACAUUUUAUUUAAUAGCUUUGAGAAUCUUUGCAGAAUGUAUAACCUCCCAUAAAACCACUUCUUUAUGCAUCUUCAGAUUCGUCACUUUGUCAAGGACAAUUUUCUCUUUUUUUUCCUGACCUUCUACCUACCUCAGUUUUGGACAACGUUGCUCUUAAUUUUAGUAAUAAAGGACUGAUCUCUGUAUUGCAUUCUCGGCUCAUGUCUUUUAAAGAUCAUAACCUGGAUAAAAAUUAAAUCCAGACUGGAAGAGGAACUGGGUAUAAAGUUAUCUGAGGUCUAUUGGAAGGAGGCGCUUAAAAGGGUCCAUUCAUCAUCGUCCUCUGCUAGACUAGUGCUUAUACGAUUUAAAGUUCUGCACAGGAUUCAUCUAAGUAAGGCUAGAAUCGCCAGAAAUAUACCCUGGGUUAGACACUGCUUGUGACAGAUGCUCUUUUUCUCCAGCCAGUCUGGCAUGUCUAUGUUUUGGUCCUGCUCUGGUCUAGAUAAUUACUGGGCACUGAUUUUUUAAAACCAUCAGUGAGGCUUUUGGGGUAACAUUGAGGCCUUGCCCUUUAAUAGCUAUGUUCGGAACUUCGGACAAUACAAUAAAUUUAACUUUAACUACAAAUCAGUGACAUUAUUGCUUUCUUUUGUUGUUCUGAGCAAGUGUGAUGACAUGGCUGUGUUAAUGUACUUUUGUAACAGGGCAAUGUUAUGUUGUAUUUGUGUACAUGCCUAGGGAGGGGGAUGUUUGGGGAUAUGGGUUAGGGUUAGGGUUGGGGGGGUUUGUUCCAUUGUUCCAUCAAAAUCAAAAAGGAAGGAAAUUGUAAUGCACCAUGCUUUACAAUGUUUUGCUUCAUUCCUUCAGUAAAAAAUUAGAAACUAGACCCAGCCUAUAAAUCUUCAAAUUGUGAUAAUUUAUAAAAUGCCAAACAAGUAUCUCUGACCUGAACAGAACAUUAGGGUUAAAAUUUGAUCUGAUAAAUCUUUGUUUACUAGUGAUCAUGUGUGUGUGUGUGUGUGUGUGUGUGUGUGUGUGUGUGUGUGCGUGUGCGUGCGUGUGAUCAGCAAGUUACACCAGCUCACGGCACAAGCUUUAUUGCUAAAAUUUCACUAACACAAAUUAGUGUGUUAGUGAAAUACAUAGGCUUCAAUAUUUUAUUGUUGCAUUUCUUUUUUUUAUUAUCCAUAUUUGAUAUGGUGACUCCUGUUUGCACUGCCUGAUGUAUUCAUAGAUUUUUGUAUCAACCAAACUAAGACUAGAGAUCAGAGAUUAGAGAAGAAGAAAAUCAGCAAUGAUAUAUUUGCCACAGAAUUUUGUAUUUAAACAAACCAUUGUCAAGACAAGAAAAAAUAAUUUGAAUCAGAUCUUUUGUGAUAUUGUACUAUAUUAAAUUAUUCAGUUCAUUUCAGUAAUCAUUUCAUAUUCCUAACACUGUCCUGGUUCUUCUACAAGCAGACGUAUUAUUUAAGUUGUUUCUGAUCCAUUAAGCAAUAAAACAGAACAAUGCAAAAUA